GCCCUUUGAUCUUUGUUCGUCCUUUUUCUUUUCACGACCUCAUUGAACUAAGCCAGGCUACUGUGUACUCUUCUGUCCCGAAUGAAGCGAUACGCCCAGCGAACGAGUUCAACCGUGCCCUAGUCCGCCUAGUCGUGACGUGACCGAAUUCUGUUCCUACUGGACAUUCAUGGAAGCUAGAUCUACUGCACUACUAGAACAUUUAGGUCUAGGCCUAUCUAUGCGUUUUUCGUGUGAUUGUGUGGUUUCACAAUAAUUUGUCAAUUCUGCGCGAUGUUGGAAGGCAAAAUAUUGAGGCUGAGGUCGAGGUAACCUGCUGCUGGCAGAUUCUCUUCCACCAGUGAAUCGAGAGUGAUCCAUUUCUCAAUCACAAGUGCUGUAGUAGUGUAUAGAGCGAGUCCCCUUGGCCCUUGGCCGCUGCAGGCUAGGCCUAAUUUUAAAAAAAGAACAUUAUAUUAUUAUAUUCACCGCCACAUCUGGGGUAUUCGUUCUCCUGACGACCAGUGUGGCAGGAUAUUCAGUUCAACUUUCUGCCUGCCGGCGGUGACGGCUGACGGUGCUCUUUUCUGUUGAGCCAGGCUCAGGUGAUUCAAAGUCAGAGAAAAUGGCACAGGUCGAAGUGGUAUUCAAUGUGGAUGUAGAAACCCAAAAAGGACAUACGGUCUGUUUGGUUGGAGACGAUCCAGCUUUGGGAGCUUGGGACCCUCUAAGAGGUGUCUGCAUGCAAAAGAAUUUCAGCGGACAAAACUGGAAAAGAUGGGUGUGUUCGUUGCAUCUUGCAAAGAACCAGGUGUACCAAUUCCGUUAUUAUGUAUGCAAAGAUCAACGCGACCUGGUUCCGAAACAAAAUGGUGAGCUCAACGGUUUUAAGCAGAACCACCAUGUUGAGAGACCGAUAUCGGUCUUGAAGUGGGAGACGAAUGUGAAGCCCAGAACUUUCUCAACUGAAGGUGUUGGCGAGACUCUUGAGCUGCCUGUUGCCAACUUUGGGAAAUAUGAUGGGGUUUGUCACAUCGGCAAAGGCUGGCUGAUCAACCAGUGCGAGGUUCAGAUCCGCCUGCACAGCAACCCCAUCUACAUGUACAAGGCCAAGCACAGAGAACAGAGCUAUAGCGUCAAAUGUGUGGCCAUGGACUACGCAAAGACUCAGCUGGCGUCGUUUGAAGAGGAUACCGACUCAAUGGACGGACCGCCACCCUGCGCUGCUUCAGAGGUCCUUGUCACAAAUUUGAGCGAGGACGACUGUGUGCCCAAAGAGCAGGGCCCGGCGGGGAUGUUGUACGGAGAAAACGACUACAUCGUUUUCCGGACGCAGAUCCCGAAUCCACAAAAUGUGGGCUUCCAGCUGGAUUUUUUUGUGUUUGAGCCGCACCGGUCGCCCAAGUUUGUGGGCACGUCGUACCUCCUACCUCAUAAAAAGAUCGAAUCUCAGUGUGUGGUGAAGCUGCCCGUGAUUGGCACCAACCACAAGCCUAUCGGAGAAGUCUCUUUGGAGAUGCUCUUGGUGACCCCCCUACCCAUCCUCAACCUGACCAUGGAGCAGAGUUUUCAGACCCACUGGAAAUGGAAGCAGGCCAAAGCUCUGGACAUCGGACAUAGAGGGAUGGGAGCCUCCUACUCCAGAGUGAGUAUGCUCAAGGAAAACACAAUCGCGUCCUUUGCUGCGGCAGGGAAACACGGAGCUGAUUUUGUUGAGUUUGACGUUCUGCUCAGCAAGGAUAAGAAGGCGGUCAUCUACCACGACUUUGUGGUCAACGUAGCUUAUACCAACAAAAAGAGCCAAAAAGCCAAGACUGAACUGUUUGAAAUUCCUGUCAAGAACCUUACACUUGCCCAGCUCCAGUCUAUGAAGCUGUUUGUAGCUGGAGACAACAGUGUUGAAAUCAACGACGAGGAGUGUCCAUUGGAGGAGACCGAGCCAUUCCCGACGCUGGAACAAUGUCUCCUGGAGGUGGACGCCAACACGGGCUUCAACAUCGAGAUCAAGUACCCGCUAGUGGACAUUAAUGGUGUUUGGGAGAUGGAAAACUACCUGGACGUCAACGAGACUGUUAACGUUAUCCUGGAAGAUGUGUUUAAGUGUGCGGGAACCCGGAAAAUCGUCUUCUCCAGUUUUGAUCCCGACAUCUGUAUCCUCCUGCAGCUGAAGCAGAACAAGUACCCCGUGAUGUUGCUGCACCAGGGCCAGACCAAGGUGUACGUGCAGUACAGAGACUACCGGGCCAGCACCUUCAGUAAGGGCAUCAGUUUUGCCCUGUCCGAGCAUCUGCUG